AUGGCGACAUCCUUAAUCAAAAUAAGUAGCCGAGGAGUGCGCUCGCUGAAUCCAGCCAAUUUCCGAGCCCCAUGGCCGUUUGUUAAGAAAGGUGCCCGAGGCCAGCGUAAAAUUGGUCCUUUUAAUUACGAAAAGUUCAAAUGGCCUGGGCAAAACAGAGAGUUUCCGGAAUUGUCACCGAAAUGGCACAAAGAAAAUCCGAAGGAGUUGCACAGAUACACUGGCGUCCAAGAAGAUGGUUAUAUCGAUCCAGUCACUGGAAAAUAUGUAUACGUUCCGGAAAUGGACCACGAACUUGUUGUACCGAAUCUUGAAGGAUUCAAACUGAAGCCGUACGUUUCCUUCCGAACGGAUGUGGAAUUAGAGAAGAGGCGAAAGAUUUACGAAGCUAAGGUCAAAGAAAAAGGAUCGAAAGCCCUAGCUGACCUCUACACACUUGAAGAUGAGCGUUGGCCGCCACCAAAGAUGGAUGCUGAGACAUUGUUCGAACUAUCGUAUGGAGAACAAAUUCGACAAGCUUUCAAGGAAGGGAAAUAUGGAGCUGUUGAGAAGAAGAAAAUCGAAGAGUCAUGA